CUUCCACAACAGAACUAUAGAACACAUUGAACGGACAGGGGGAGGAAAUAUUGCUUGACAACGAUCAUUUUCUCCCAUAGUGGCUGUUGGAAACUCAUAUGUGUUUGGAUUGUCAGUCGGUCGGUCAGUUCGUCACUUUAGCCCACACCUGCAACUUCGCCUCUUCAGCUCAACAACAAGGUGGUUCAUGAUCACCAGGAAGCUCUUGAUUUCUUCAUACCUGGAUUAACUAAAGGCGACAAGAUAUUUUUUCUUUCUCUUUUGCUCUUUUUCUUUUGUAACAGAGAACUUUUUUCUCUGACAAAAUGCUGUGGAAAUUAGCCGACAACGUGAAGUAUGAGGAUGACUGUGAGGAAAGGCACGACGGAAACAGCAAUGGGAACCCCCGGCUGCCUCACCUGCCAGCGGUCAGCCAGCACCUCUACAGCCCGUCUCCCUCCCUCUCACACUCGGCCAGUUCGGACUUCCAGCCGCCGUACUUCCCGCCUCCGUACCAGCCCAUCUCCUACCCGCAGUCCAGUGACCCCUACUCGCACCUCGGCGACCCUUUCAACAUCAACUCGCUGCACCAGUCUCCGUCUUCGAACCAGCAGCAAUGGCCCGGGCGACAGGGCCAGGAUGGGCUCGGUGGGCAUGGGAGGAGCGGCCUGGCGAGUCAGAUCCUGGGCCUGGAUGGUUCCUCCGGAGUGAGGAGGGAAGGCUUCCGCCGGCCGGAGCUGCUGCCCCCGCACGUGCACAGCAUAGAGUCGUCGGGUAUUGGUGACAUGGGAAUGCACGACAUGGUUCACGGGAUGGAUGACGUUCAACAUGAUGACCACAGUAUUAUUAUGGCUGACCAGACAGUCAUCAAAAAAGUAUUAGGACUACGAGGUGGCAGGAACCUUGAUCGCUUACAGAGGACUUAUUAUCAGGGGGGAAUUCUUGCGGGGCCUGUCAGCCUACCCAAAGGCAACGCGUUGUGUCUUCCUUUCCAGAAAGAGUCCCUGCUGGGCAUGGUAUCAAACCCCACAGAGGUGUUCUGCUCCGUACCGGGCCGUCUCUCCUUGCUGAGCUCCACAUCCAAGUACAAGGUUACCGUGGCCGAGGUCCAGAGACGUCUGUCACCCCCUGAGUGCCUGAAUGCAUCGCUCCUGGGAGGGGUUUUACGCAGAGCCAAGUCAAAAAAUGGAGGUCGCUCUCUGAGAGAAAAGCUGGAUAAGAUUGGGCUCAACCUGCCUGCAGGAAGAAGGAAAGCAGCCAAUGUCACUCUACUCACCUCACUAGUAGAAGGUGAAGCAGUUCAUUUAGCAAGAGACUUUGGCUACGUGUGUGAGACAGAGUUCCCUGCAAAGGCAAUUGCUGAAUACCUGGGCAGGCCGCACGUGGAACGCAACGAGGUUAACUCUCGCAAGAACAUGCUGCUCGCUGCCAAGAAUAUCUGUAAGGAGUUCACUGACCUGCUAACUCAGGACCGAUCGCCUCUGGGAAAUUCCCGGCCCGCCCCCAUCAUGGAGCCUGGAAUCCAAGGCUGCCUGACCCACUUCAGCCUCAUCACUCACGGCUUUGGAUCUCCCGCCAUCUGCGCCGCCAUGACCUCGCUUCAGAACUACCUGAACGAGGCGCUCAAACAAGUGGACAAGAUGUACCUGAACUCUGGCAGCGACACCCAGGGAUCCUCAGACAGUGGAAGCAAAUCUGCCGACAAAAUGGACAAGCACAGGAAAUGAGAGCUCAAGGGAGAAUCCUUAUGAACUUGAGAACCCCUGAGUCCCUUAAUCUUGCUGCCCUGUCUGCCCUUUUGGACUUCAAAAUAAGAAAUCAAUAUUGAUUGAUUGAUUGAUUGAUUGAUUGUGUGUGUGUGUGUGUGUGUGUGUGUGUGUGUGUGUGUGUGUGUG